AGGAGUUGCAAGACCAAAAUAUAGAGGCCCAUAAUUGUAUUGGGCCAUUCGCAUAUGGGCCGAGAAAAGUCCAACUCCCACCCAUUUCAAAGUCCGCGCGCCAAAAUUUUCACUCCGCUCGCCAUUCCCCCCCCUCCUCCCCUCCUCCCUCUUUCCGAUAUCGCAACCGCAGCCACGAACUCGCACCGCCGCUCAGCGAGUCGAAGCAAUGAGCUCGCUCGCCGCCGCCGCCGCCGCCGACGACGACGACAUCAUCUUCUUCUCCCGACGGGAUUGAGGACUCCAUCGCCAUCGCCAUGGAGAUCUGUCGAGAUGGAAAUCCGCGGGAAGCAGAUCGCGAGGAUCCGUUCCUCGCGUUCGUCGAGCGGGCGCGGUCCGCGUUGACGCCGGAGGAGCUGGACGAGACCGGUCGCGAGGCGGAAGGCGGAGCAGCGGGGGCGGCCGGACCGAGCUGGAGCUGGAUCGUGUCGAGGAUUCUCAGGACCUGCGUCGCUUACUCCAGCGGCGUCACCGCGGCGAUUCUGCUGUCCGAUCUCUCUCAGGCGUGGAAUGAGCAGCAAAGAGUCUUUGCGUCGAAGAGAAGGCCAGAAUGCAUCAACCUGCUGCAGAGGAAUCAUCGGAGGGCGAAGCUUCCGAACACGGUUACCAUCGACUCGAUCUACGAGAAGAGAUUUCUGUCUCUGAGCAGCGUUUUGGAAGCUGUAGUUGUCGAUGCUUUUGUGCUUCCAGGUACGAAUGUCUACAUGCUUACUUUGGGGGACUUUUGGAGCUCGAACACCAUAGAUCUUUAUCUCCAUCGUAGGUACUAUGAUUUGGUGAAUCCUCCAAAUGGGAUUUUGAAGAAAGGGAGGGAGAUAUUCCUCACUGGAUGCCAUCUUAGAACUGCUGCUGAGGGAUCUGGUUAUCCACGACUUUUACCAACAGAGUACCUUGUGAUACUUUUGGAUGAGGACCAAGAUGAUGACGCUAUUCUUCUGGGAGCUCAAUUUUGUUCAGAUUCUUUUGCUUCUAUAUCUCUUGAUGCAGUGAACAGAGGAGUUUCUUAUUCAUUAUAUGCGAGGAUCGAAGCUAUUGGGCCAGCGGAAAUUCAAGGAAGCUCAAGCAGUUUGCAAAGGAGAAAAAUCACUCUUGUCGAUAACGAUGGUAGCAAGUUAAAGUUUCUCCUAUGGGGUGAACAAAUUAUCCUUGCCAAUCUUUUCAGCGUUGGAAGCAUGAUUGCGCUGGAUAGGCCAUAUAUUGCAAAUUGCAUCGAGAGUGCUCUCGAAACAGCAGAAGAACUGUGUCUUGAAUAUGGCAGUGCCACACAAUUAUAUUUGGUGCCUUUCAUCCAGCAUGAGGAGCAAGUAUAUGUAGCAUUGUCACAAAAUCGGUGUCAAGGAUCAAGAUUGCUGGCUGCAGUAGAUCCUACUCAGAGCCAAAUGGUUUCUCAAGUAACCUUGCCACGUGAUUCUCAGGGAUCAAUUGACUUCACUAAUUAUCCUUUUCAAUCAUUUGUAAUAGAUCUUCGCGACAAGAUGACCGGUAUCAGCCUGUAUGGGGUUGUUACAGACGCAUAUAAGGAAGUUAACACAGCAGGUGUCAUCUUCUCACUGUGCAUUGAGGACACAACUGGUGCUGUAUGGGCAAGACUGCAUUUUUCAAAGUCUUGGUCUUUAAAGAGAUUAAGCUGUGGCCACACUAUUUAUAUUUCCGGGUUGACGUGCUCAAUGACCAAAAAUAAGUGCCUUGAAGUGUUAUGGUUUGAGAAUGAUGGCAAAGCUUCCCUUGUCAAUCUUAGCUCCUUGCCAGCAAUGCUGAACUCCUCUUGCCUCCAUAGAUUAUCAUGCAUUUCCGAUCUAUCUAGCCAUAGUAGAUCCACACAGAUUUGUAAGGUCUGGCUGGACCAGAUUGAACACUGUCAAAUUGAUGUAAGGCUUUCACAUGUCUGUUGCGGCCAUUUCGUGAGAAAGACCCCUCCCGGGAACCUCGAAUGCAGCUUCUGCCGCUGCGGGUGUGAUUCCGAGGUUGUCAGCACAUUUGCCUUGAGAAUAGUUUUGGCAGAUGACACGGGGAAAAUCUUCGCAUGGUGUACCGGUCAAACAGCUUCAGAGUUGCUACAGAUAACUCCUGAUGAGUUCGACAGGCUCCCUGAGGACGAACAGUUGAUAUAUCCUACGUCGCUCGAGAAUGAGAAGUUCGUAGUUGCCGUAGUGAAUUGUCGAAGACACGGUUAUGGAUUGAGCACUAGCCUUUCUCUCGAAUCCGACACCGCUCAGUGGGAGAUAAUCGGGGCGUUGAGGCACGACUGAUGCUUCUCCAGAGGAUGGAUCCUUACUCCACACGCGAUGGUUUUAUGUGUCGAAGCUGCUUCGAGAUACAACUUUCCCCCCGGAGAUAAUUCAUCAUACUUCGACUGGAAAAGAAAGCGCACUAGUCUCGUAUGAUAUAAAACUAGUCGAAGGACUUUCUGAAAAAGUAUGCUAGUGAAUCGCUCUCGUGUGUGUGCACGCCCAAAUUCUGGCCCAGACCUGCUCAUGGGCGAGCUCGAGUGUAGGGUAGGGGGAGAAAUUGAGUCAAAUUAACCCUUUAACGCUCUCGGAGCGGGUUUGAUUAUCACUCUAGCUGAACUCAUCUAAAAUCUAAAAUCAAGCUUCAACUAGAGCUCAAAUUCCAGGUACUUAAGAGUAUCAUGUCAAGCUCAAUUUUAAGCUAGUCCGUACUUCAAUUUGAUAGGCUGACACAACUCGAUUUCCAUCGCACAAGGUCAUCCCGAGUUGCUUGGCCGAUUGACACAGAAACUCAAUCGUCGGACUUGGGUUCCCAUCCCUAACUAGGGUCCCUGUCGUUUGGUCUAGGUCCCUGCGGCUUGUUCUCAAGGGUCCCCAGCAUCCUGGCAGUAAUAAUCGCAAUUGGGUUU